AUAUUAACAAUUCACUUAGAUAUAUCUAUAUAACAAGACAAACAAGUUCAUCAAUCAUUUAUUUUCUUUCAGAAAAAACAAUACAGUGAAGCUUUCGAUACCUUUCACAGGGUCAUUUUCAGCACUAAAUUUUAUGAAAGAAAGUUUUUACAUAUAUAUGAAGAAACAAUUUUUUUUCUUUUUCUUUCUCUAUUCUUUUCUAGUAUUUUCUUAAACAUGGCAAUACGAAGGGGAGAAAUGACAUCAUCGUAGUGUGAUGUUUAAGAGAAUACGAGAAAGGAAUAGAAAAAGAAAAAGAAUUAUUUCUCUAUAUAUAUAUAAAAGUUUUUUUUCAUAAAAAUUUAGUGUUGAAAAUGACCCUAUGAAAGGUGUCGAAAGCUUCACUGCAUUGUUUUUUUCUGAAAAAAAUAGAUGAUUGAUGAACUUAUUUGUCUUGCUAUGUCUUUAUUCAAUUAUAUCUCAUAAAAUAAUGUUAAUUAGAUAUAUCUAUUUCAUCUUUCUGCUCCUUAUUAAUAUUUUCUUUUUUAUCAAUCGAAUUUAAAUUAAAUUGAUAUGUAACUUGAUAAUAUUAUACAACUUAGUUUCUAUGGAUCGAUUAUUAUCGAUUGAAUAAAACUAAAUAUUAAUUAUUUAAAUGAUUACUUUUACUUGAUUAUUCGUAUUCAAUAGUUGUCUAUUACUGCUUGAUAUUCUAGAUAGACUUAAUUAUUAUAAAUAUAAUCCCAUACAUCAUUGGGUUUGUGAUAAGAUUCGAGGUGGUGGAACAUGUACACAAGGUUCAGAACAAAAUCUAUUGACACCAACAUUUCUUCGAGAAUUAAAAGUACUUGUUAAUCAAUUACUUGGCAAUGAUUUAACUGAUGAUUUAUUAAAAUUAAUAACUUAUUUGGCAGUAACUCGAUGUAAAAAAAUACGUGUUUGGGAUGACGAUGAUGAUCUUUCUUUAUAUCUUUUUGAAGCAUCAGUAACAGUUUUUUCAGCAAAUCAAAAUCAACGUUUAUCAUCAUUAAAAUUACAUUUAUCAUUAGCUUUUGAUUUAAAUCAACCAAAAUUUGCAAGUCGAAUGUUACGUGCAAAUCAAGAUAUGCCUGAAGAAGAUUUAAUACAAUUAGCUAAAAUGGCAAUUAUACGAGAUCAAGUAGAAUUUCUUCAUGUAUUAGAAGAUACUUGUGGUAUAAUAUCCGAUAAUCUUGGCGAAAAAUUUGAAUGUGAAUUAAGUACAAAAAUGAAUUAUAAUCAUAAUCUUUUUCUUGAAUGUAUUCAACAAGAUUUUGGAUGUAGUCUGGACGAAAUUUAUCGAUCAGCGGAUGGAAAUAAUGAAACUGCAGAAGAUGAAAUAGAAUCAAUUAAUGUAAAAUUAUUUUUAUGGGCAGAUCGAUUAGGUGGUGCUCUAGUUGCUGCACUUGUCUAUCGUCAUACAGCUGAUUUAUGUGAGAAACGAAGUUCGACAGAAACUGUAACUGUACAAAAAUUAAGAGAUCAUGCUGAUGAAUAUGAACAACUUGCUAUGCGUCUUGUUCAAUGCCUGUAUUUAUCUAAUCCAAAUCUAACAAGAUUAGCAUUAAAACGCGAAAAUUUUGAAUUUAAUAAACUAUCAUCAUUAGAAGUUGCCAAUAAAAGAGCAAAAGAUCAAAAGGAUUUCUUUAAAUAUAUCUUUUCAAUAAAAAAUAAAUUAUCGCGACCACGUGUUAAAUAUCAAGUUCAUUUUUUAUUCUACAUAAUUUUCUUAUGUUUAUUAUCUUAUCUCGUACUAUUUGUUAAACCAUCAUUAAUUGAAUUAAAUGAAGAAAUGGCAUUUUCAUGGGAAAAUGGUUCAUGUGUACAUGAUAAUGGAGCAUUUUGUGCAAGACCAAAAUCGUUUACUAAUUCAUGGUCGAUUUUACAAUUAAUUAUCAAUAUUUGGGUAUUUAUGUUUGCACUUGAAGAAUUCCGACAAGCAAAAUUCUUUAAAACAAAAGAUAAUGGAAUAAAACAAACAUUGCUACUUUAUCUCGAUGAAUCUUGGAAUAAACUCGAUGCUCUCUGUGUCAUUAUGUAUGUGGUUUCUAUUAUUUUAGAAUCUUACAAUACACGAGCAACAUUAAAUGCAUCAAGAGCAUUUCUUGCACUUGACGUUGUUUUAUGGUUUAUACGUUUAUUAAUAUUAUUGAUGAUUGAUCGUACAGUAGGACCAAUGCUUUUAAUGAUUCAAGCCAUGGUAGGAGUGGUCUGUGCUUUGUAUCGUUUAAUAUAAGCAUGCUUUUUGUUUAUGUUGACGUUUUUUUCUUCUGUUUAAUAUUAUUUUUUAUAAAAUAUAAUUUUUCUUUUCAUUUGCAUAGCUCAAUGAUAUGGUCACAUUCUUUUCCAUAUUCUUUGUCUUUACAUCAGCAUAUGGAGUUGCUUCGUUU